GUGAUCCGUACCUGGCUGGCGUUGGGAUGGGGAGGAUCGUGGAGGGCGUGCAAGGGGAGGGGGUCAUUGCUACUGCGAAGCAUUUCUUGCUCAACGAACAGGAGUAUAGACGAAGAUGGGGACAGGAUGCGCCAGACGGAGAAGGACAUGCCAUCAGCGCGAAUGUUGGGGACAGAGCGCUGAGGGAGUACGUCUGGCCGUUUAUGGAUGCACUGCGGGCGGGUGCUGGAGCGGUGAUGUGUGGAUAUAAUAGGGCGAAUCACAGCUAUGUGUGCCAGAAUUCCAAGUUACUGAAUGGAGUGCUCAAGACGGAGUUGGGGUUUGAAGGAUUUGUGGUUACUGAUUGGGAUGCGCAGAUGAGCGGGGUUGCGUCAGCCAACGCCGGAGCGGAUAUGGUGAUGCCGCGGGAUGGGUUCUGGGGCGAGAAGUUGAUCGAGGCUGUAAAGAACGGAUCGGUGGCCGAGGAGCGCUUGAACGACAUGGCGACCCGCGUGCUGGCGGCGUGGAUAUACGCAGGCCAGGACGACGGGACUUACCCACCCAUUGGUGUCGCGCCGGGCGGUCAGCUACCCGACCCGGUUGACGUACAGGCGGACCACGCGGAUCUCAUUCGCAAAAUCGGAGCGGCGGGCACAGUCCUGAUCAAGAAUGUCAACGGCACCCUCCCCUUAACCCAACCCAAAUUCCUUUGCGUCUACGGCUACGACGCCAUCGUUAAGUCUACUCCCUGGGAGAACCCCGACCGCUACGGCGGCGGCUACGACGUCAACCGCGGCUGGACCACCUUCAACGGCACCUUGAUCACCGGCGGCGGCUCCGGCAGCUCCACGCCUCCCUACGUCGUUUCCCCCUUCGAAGCCUUGUCCCACCGUAUCCGCAAAGACCGCGGCAUGCUCCGCUGGGACUUCCACUCGGCCAACCCCUCCCAGCAAUACCUCAACGCGGACGCCUGCCUCGUCUUCAUCAACGCCUACGCCUCCGAGAUGUCCGACCGUUCUACCCUCUCCGACGCCUUCAGCGACGACCUCGUGCUCAACAUAGCCUCCUGGUGCUCCCAAACCAUCGUCAUCGUUCACUCGGCCGGCAUCCGGCUCGUCGACCCGUGGAUCUCCCACCCCAACGUCACCGCCGUGUUAAUGGCCGGCUUACCCGGCCAAGAAUCCGGUAACAGUCUGGUAGACAUCUUAUACGGCGACGUCAACCCCUCUGGCCGUUUACCUUAUACGAUCGCCAAGAAGGAGUCCGAUUACGGGCAUUUACUCAACCCUGCCACCGGCCAAGAAGAGGGCGGCGACGUGUUCUUCCCCGAAGAUAACUUUGUGGAGGGACUACACAUCGAUUACCGCUUCUUCGACCGCCACCGUAUCACUCCCCGCUUUGAAUUCGGCUUCGGAUUGUCUUAUACCACGUUCUCUUACUCAGACUUGAAAAUUUACGUUUCUAUCGCUCCCGGUGUCGUGGAAAAGACGACGAUGCCCUCCCUCGCCGCCACCCGGUUCGCCGAGUUUCCCGAUCCGGACACUCCUAUUAUCCAGGGCGGACAUCCAGACUUGUGGGAGACUUUGUUCGUGGUAAGUUGUCGCGUGGAGAAUUCAGGGGAUAAAUAUGAGGGAAGAGAAAUUGUGCAGUUGUAUGUUGGUAUUCCCGCUUCGGAUGAGGAGGAAGAGGAUAAGGAAACGCCGGUUCGUCAGCUGCGCGGGUUUAAACGUGUGGGACCGCUGGCGCCGGGGGAGGAUGGGGAGGCGGAGUUUGAGUUGACGAGAAGGGAUUUGAGCGUUUGGGAUGUGGAGAUGCAGCAGUGGCGGUUGAGGAGAGGGAAGUAUAAGAUUUGGGUCGGGGCUAGUAGUAGGGAUUUGAGAUUGAGUGGGACAUUUGUUAUUUGAUGGGAUGGAAUGUUGCUAUAAAGGUAGCCAUGCUUGAAUCCAUGACUUGAUUAUAUCUGAAAGGUCAACCUGGAUUGGUGUUUACAAUGGAUCAAUGUCCAAAGGAAUCUAUUUCUGGACAGUGUGUAAGGUCCAAUGAGUGGCAUGUAUGUAGACAAUAAUCAUCUAAAGAAGGGUAUAUCGACAAG